AUGUCCAAGGUUUAUUUCGAUGUCGAAGCUGAUGGUCAAGCUUUAGGCCGUAUCACUUUCAAAUUGUACAAUGACGUUGUCCCAAAGACUGCUGAAAACUUCAGAGCUCUAUGUACCGGUGAAAAGGGUUUCGGUUACGCUGGUUCCCCAUUCCACAGAGUCAUCCCAGAAUUUAUGUUGCAAGGUGGUGACUUCACUGCCGGUAACGGUACUGGUGGUAAGUCCAUCUACGGUGGUAAGUUCCCAGAUGAAAACUUUGUCAAGAGACAUGAAAGACCAGGUUUGUUGUCUAUGGCCAAUGCUGGUCCAAACACCAACGGUUCUCAAUUCUUCAUCACCACUGUUGCCUGCCCAUGGUUAGACGGUAAGCAUGUCGUCUUCGGUGAAGUUGUUGAAGGUAUGGACGUUGUCAAGAAGGUCGAAAGUUUAGGUUCCUCCUCUGGUGCUACCAGAGCUAGAAUUGUCGUUGCCAAGUCUGGUGAACUUUAG